GAAGCGACGAAUGGAACAUGGAACUUCCAGUGAAGUGGAGAAAUGCCCUGAGUCCAUGAAGGCUCUGCCUGAGUUCGCAGGACUGCGCGCGUUCCUGCGAAACCAUCGGAAAAUGAUGUGCCUGAGUUUUCUUUGCUUGUGCUCCAUCCUGUUGUGGUGGCCUGUCGAGUUGAAUCGCAACUAUCAUGUGCAGGAUCGCGUGGCGUGGCUGAAUGCGGAGCUGCAGGGACGAUCGCCGCAGGAGAUCCUACAAUGGGCAAAGAGAUUGCCCGGAGGGGUGGUCCAGUUCAGCAGUUUCGGCCCGUCUGGCAUGGUCAUCAUCGACAUGCUGGACAAACUAGGACUUUUAGAAUCCACUCCGGUGGUGUUGAUUGACACCUUGCACCUUUUUCCAGAGAGCUACCAACACGUGAACAACGUCACCAAGCAUUAUCCUAAGAUGAAGUUGUCGAUUUUCUAUCCCAAAGACUUCUUGAAAGGUGAGGGAAGCCGCUUCGACGAAUCCUACGGCAAAGAUCUGUGGAAGAAUGACUUUGAAAAGUACAGCUACCUCACCAAGGUAGAACCCACGGCGCGGGCCCUGCGUUUCUUGGGCCCCGCAGUGUGGAUCACGGGGCGCCGAAGGUCGCAGGGGGCGCAGAGGGAGAAGAUGCAGAUGCUGGAGAAAGAUGCGGGGAGACUGAAGAUCAAUCCUCUGGCUUUCUGGGAUCUGGACACUGUUUGGCAAUACAUUCACGAACAUCAAGUUCCUUACAAUGCCCUGCAUGAUCGUGGCUACAGCAGCAUCGGAGAUGUGAUGAACACUCGUCCUACCGCUCCGGGCGAAGCGGAACGUGCAGGUCGAUUUGGCUCUAGCCAGGAGACCGAGUGUGCCAUGCACACGCACCUCGCACGCCUUAGUGCCCAGAAGGCCAUGGGAUCGAAUGGCGACGUCCUGUCGGAGGAUGAUGUGCCACAUCUGCCCUGUGAUGCAUGCCUUGAGGUGGACGCACAGAAUUUCGACGAGGUGGUCUUGAAACCCAAGCAAGAUAUGCUCCUGGAAUUCUACUCGCCCAUGUGUGGCCACUGCGCGCACUUCGCCCCGAGCUAUGCGCAGAUCGCGCAGUUCCUGGGGCACUCCGGGGAUGCCUUGGCGGCCAGGAUGGAUUUGUACCAUCAUCAGGUGCCUCGCUCAGCCAAAGCUGCUGGUUUUGACAUCCAAUCGUUUCCCACUCUGAUCCUGGUCCGGCCGACCCAAAGUUCUGUAAAGCUGGUGACGUACCCACGCUGGAGGAGAGACGUCAACACCGUCCUUUCCUGGGUGAAGGAAGAACUGGCCAAGCCGGUCUGAGACGUCGGUGGUC